AUCGGACUUAAUUCAUUAAUGAUGCAACCGGAUUCGUUUCAGGAUUAUGUUGCACGAGUUGAAUUUUGAAUGAAGGAGAAGAGUUUUUUUUUUUUAAAGUAUUGACUCUUUAGUUCGUUGUACUUUUAAUUAUUAUUUUAUUUAAAUUUACGACUUAAUUGUAUUAUGCUUUAAGAAAAUGUAUUAAAUAUAUAUUUUAUGGUAACUUUCCCGCAAAAUAUAUGUAUAUGUGCGAGAUUGAAGACGCUUCAGUUAAGUGAGGUGACUGGUGUGCUGGAUGUUGAAUUCAGCACCGGCAUUGCGUGACAGUUGUUGGAAUAACAAGUGGUUUAUUUUUGAAACCGCACCUUUUAAAAUUUAGGUUCAGCUAGUCAUAGUAAAAGUCGUAGUAAUAAUUUAAAGGAAAACCAGCAGAAAUUGAAGCAAACAUGUCUGGAGAAGUGCGUUUGAGGCAGUUGGAGCAGUUUAUUUUGGAUGGGCCCGCUCAGACCAAUGGGCAGUGCUUCAGUGUGGAAACGCUGCUGGAUAUCCUCAUCUGCCUUUAUGAUGAAUGCAAUAAUUCUCCAUUGAGAAGAGAGAAGAACAUUCUUGAAUACCUGGAAUGGGCUAAACCAUUUACUUCUAAAGUGAAACAGAUGCGAUUACACAGAGAAGACUUUGAAAUAUUAAAGGUGAUUGGUCGAGGAGCUUUUGGAGAGGUUGCUGUGGUGAAACUAAAAAAUGCAGAUAAGGUAUUUGCCAUGAAAAUAUUGAAUAAAUGGGAAAUGCUGAAAAGAGCUGAGACAGCAUGUUUUCGUGAAGAAAGGGAUGUUUUAGUGAAUGGAGACAAUAAAUGGAUUACAACUUUGCAUUAUGCUUUCCAGGAUGACAAUAACUUAUACCUGGUUAUGGAUUAUUAUGUUGGUGGGGAUUUGCUUACUCUGCUCAGCAAAUUUGAAGAUAGAUUGCCUGAAGAUAUGGCUCGAUUCUACUUGGCUGAGAUGGUGAUAGCAAUUGAUUCAGUGCAUCAGCUGCAUUAUGUACACAGGGAUAUCAAACCUGACAAUAUAUUGAUGGAUAUGAAUGGACAUAUUCGGUUAGCAGAUUUUGGGUCUUGUCUGAAGCUGAUGGAAGAUGGAACGGUGCAGUCCUCAGUGGCUGUUGGAACUCCGGAUUAUAUCUCUCCUGAAAUCCUUCAAGCCAUGGAAGAUGGAAAAGGCAGAUAUGGACCUGAGUGUGACUGGUGGUCUUUGGGAGUCUGUAUGUAUGAAAUGCUUUAUGGAGAAACGCCGUUUUAUGCAGAAUCUCUGGUGGAGACAUAUGGAAAAAUCAUGAAUCAUAAAGAAAGGUUUCAGUUUCCAGCUCAAGUGACUGAUGUGUCUGAAAAUGCUAAGGAUCUUAUUCGAAGGCUCAUCUGUAGCAGAGAGCAUCGACUUGGUCAGAAUGGAAUAGAAGACUUUAAGAAACACCCAUUUUUCAAUGGAAUUGACUGGGAUAAUAUUCGAAACUGUGAAGCACCGUAUAUUCCAGAAGUUAGCAGUCCAACAGAUACAUCAAAUUUUGAUGUGGAUGAUGACUGUUUAAAGAAUUCUGAAACAAUGCCUCCACCAACACAUACUGCAUUUUCUGGCCACCAUCUGCCAUUUGUUGGUUUUACGUAUACUAGUAGCUGCGUUCUUUCUGAUCGGAGCUGUUUGAGAGUUACUGCUGGUCCCACUUCACUGGAUCUUGACGUUAACGUUCAGAGGACUCUAGAUAACACCUUAGCAACCGAAGCUUAUGAAAGAAGAAUUAAGCGCCUUGAACAGGAAAAACUUGAACUUAGUAGAAAGCUUCAAGAGUCAACGCAGACUGUCCAAGCUCUGCAGUAUUCGACUGCUGAUGGUCCACUCACAGCAAGCAAAGAUUUAGAAAUAAAAAACUUAAAAGAAGAAAUCGAAAAACUAAGGAAACAAGUAAGAGAAUCAAGUCACUUGGAACAGCAACUUGAAGAAGCUAAUUCUGUGAGGCGAGAACUAGAUGAUGCUUUUAGACAAAUCAAGGCUUAUGAAAAGCAAAUCAAAGCAUUACAGCAAGAAAGGGAGGACUUAAAUAAGGAACUAGUCCAGGCUAGUGAGCGAUUAAAAAACCAGUCCAAAGAGCUGAAAGACGCACACUGUCAGAGGAAACUGGCCAUGCAGGAGUUCAUGGAGAUCAAUGAGCGGCUAACAGAAUUGCACGCCCAAAAACAGAAACUUGCUCGCCACGUCCGAGAUAAGGAAGAAGAGGUGGACCUGGUGAUGCAAAAAGUUGAAAGCUUAAGGCAAGAACUGCGCAGAACAGAAAGAGCCAAAAAAGAGCUGGAAGUUCACACAGAAGCUGUAGCUGCUGAAGCAUCUAAAGACAGGAAAUUGCGUGAACAGAGCGAGCACUACUCUAAGCAACUGGAAAAUGAAUUGGAGGGACUGAAGCAAAAACAGAUUAGUUACUCACCAGGAGUAUGCAGCAUAGAGCAUCAGCAAGAGAUAACCAAACUAAAGACUGAUUUGGAAAAGAAAAGUAUCUUUUAUGAAGAAGAAUUGUCUAAAAGAGAAGGAAUACAUGCAAAUGAAAUUAAAAAUCUGAAGAAAGAACUGCACGAUUCAGAAGGCCAGCAACUUGCUCUCAACAAAGAAAUUAUGAUUUUGAAAGACAAGUUGGAAAAAAACAGGAGAGAGAGUCAAAGUGAAAGGGAAGAAUUUGAAAAUGAGUUCAAACAACAGUAUGAACGAGAAAAAGUGUUAUUAACUGAAGAAAAUAAAAAACUGACAAGUGAACUUGAUAAGCUUAGCACGUUGUAUGAGAACUUAAGUCUACACAACCAGCAGUUAGAGGAGGAGGUGAGAGAUCUAGCAGACAAGAGGGAAUCCGUUGCACACUGGGAAGCCCAGAUCACAGAAAUCAUUCAGUGGGUCAGUGAUGAAAAGGAUGCACGAGGAUAUCUUCAGGCCUUAGCUUCUAAAAUGACUGAAGAACUGGAAGCAUUAAGAAAUUCCAGCCUGGGUACACGAGCAACAGAUAUGCCCUGGAAAAUGCGUCGUUUUGCAAAACUGGAUAUGUCUGCUAGACUGGAGUUGCAGUCAGCUCUGGAUGCAGAAAUAAGAGCCAAACAGGCCAUCCAAGAAGAGCUGAACAAAGUUAAAGCAUCUAACAUCGUCACAGAAUGUAAACUGAAAGAUUCAGAGAAGAAGAACUUGGAACUGCUAUCAGAAAUUGAACAGCUGAUAAAGGACACUGAAGAGCUUAGAUCUGAAAAGGGUGUAGAGCCCCGAGACUCACAGCAUUCUUUCUUGGCAUUUUUGAAUGCGCCUCCCGAUGCUCUGGAUCAACUGGAAGAUUCCUUUUCUUCUUCCUCAUCUUCACUGAUUGAUUUUUUGGAUGACACUGAUCCCGUUGAGAACACAUAUGUGUGGAAUCCGAACGUCAAGUUUUACAUCCAGUCAAGGUCCACAUCUAGUGAAGAUGAGCCAGUUAAGACUGUAGACUCCGCUCCACUUCCAGUUCACACACCAACCUUAAGGAAAAAGGGGUGCCCUGGUUCAGCCGGCUUUCCAGCUAAGCGCAAGACUCAUCAGUUUUUUGUCAAAUCUUUUACUACUCCUACCAAAUGUCAUCAGUGUACCUCUUUGAUGGUGGGUUUGAUAAGACAAGGCUGUUCCUGUGAAGUGUGUGGAUUCUCAUGUCAUAUAACCUGUGUAAACAAAGCUCCGACCACUUGCCCAGUUCCUCCUGAACAGACCAAAGGUCCCCUAGGUAUAGAUCCACAGAAAGGGACAGGAACAGCGUACGAAGGUCAUGUCAGGAUUCCUAAGCCAGCUGGAGUGAAGAAAGGAUGGCAAAGAGCAUUAGCUGUAGUUUGUGACUUCAAACUCUUUCUGUACGACAUUGCUGAAGGAAAAGCAUCGCAGCCCAGUGUUGUAGUCAGUCAAGUGAUUGACAUGAGGGAUGAAGAAUUUUCUGUGAGUUCAGUCUUGGCUUCUGAUGUUAUUCAUGCAAGUCGAAAAGAUAUACCGUGUAUAUUUAGAGUCACAGCUUCCCAGCUCUCAGCAUCUAAUAACACAUGUUCGAUCCUGAUGCUGGCAGAUAGUGAGAAUGAGAAGAGUAAGUGGGUGGGAGUGCUGAGUGAAUUGCACAAGAUUUUGAAGAAAAACAAAUUCAGAGACCGCUCAGUCUAUGUUCCCAAAGAGGCUUAUGACAGCACUCUACCCCUCAUUAAAACAACCCAGGCAGCUGCAAUCAUAGAUCACGAGAGGAUAGCUUUGGGAAAUGAAGAAGGGUUAUUUGUUGUGCAUGUCACUAAAGAUGAAAUUAUUAGAGUUGGUGACAAUAAGAAGAUUCAUCAGAUUGAACUCAUUCCAAAUGAUCAGCUUGUUGCUGUGAUCUCAGGACGAAAUCGUCAUGUCCGACUUUUUCCUCUGUCAGCUUUGGACGGGCGAGAGACUGAGUUUUAUAAGCUGGCAGAAACUAAAGGGUGUCAAACCAUAACUUCUGGAAGAGUGCGCCACGGAGCUCUUACAUGCCUGUGUGUGGCUAUGAAAAGGCAGGUCCUCUGUUAUGAACUAUUUCAGAGCAAGACCCGUCACAGAAAAUUUAAGGAAAUUCAAGUCCCAUAUAAUGUCCAGUGGAUGGCCAUCUUCAGUGAACAACUCUGUGUGGGAUUCCAGUCAGGAUUUCUGAGAUACCCCUUGAAUGGAGAAGGAAGUCCGUACAGUAUGCUCCAUUCAAACGACCACACACUGUCAUUUAUUGCACAUCAACCAAUGGAUGCCAUCUGCGCGGUUGAGAUCUCCAGUAAAGAGUACCUGCUGUGUUUUAACAGCAUUGGUAUAUAUACCGACUGCCAGGGCCGAAGAUCUAGACAGCAGGAGUUGAUGUGGCCAGCAAAUCCUUCCUCUUGUUGUUACAAUGCACCCUAUCUCUCAGUGUAUAGUGAGAACGCGGUGGAUAUCUUUGAUGUGAACUCCAUGGAAUGGAUUCAGACUCUCCCCCUCAAAAAGGUCCGACCCUUAAACAGUGAAGGAUCAUUAAAUCUUUUAGGGUUGGAGACAAUUAGAUUAAUAUAUUUCAAAAAUAAGAUGGCAGAAGGGGAUGAGCUAGUAGUUCCUGAAACGUCCGAUAAUAGUCGGAAACAAAUGGUGAGAAACAUUAACAACAAGCGGCGUUACUCCUUCCGAGUCCCAGAAGAGGAGAGGAUGCAGCAGAGGAGAGAGAUGCUACGAGAUCCAGAAAUGAGAAAUAAGUUAAUUUCUAACCCAACUAAUUUUAACCACAUAGCACACAUGGGUCCGGGAGAUGGAAUACAGAUCCUAAAAGACCUGCCCAUGCCAGGUUUCCCUUAUCCAUCCCCUCAUCAUCACUCCGGUCUGAUCUCCUCCCCGAUCAACUUUGAGCACAUCUAUCACAUGACUGUUAAUUCUGCCGAAAAGUUUCUCUCUCCUGACUCCAUAAACCCUGAGUGCUCCCCGUCUCUGUGCUCUGUCCCCGGUACACCGAGCUUUAUGACUCUGCGGAACCCUCGGCCUCAGGAAAGUCGGACAGUAUUCAGUGGCUCAGUCAGCAUUCCAUCUAUCACCAAAUCCCGCCCUGAACCCGGUCGCUCCAUGAGCGCCAGCAGUGGCCUGUCAGCAAGGUCAUCUGCACAGAAUGGCAGUGCGUUAAAGAGAGAAUUCUCUGGAGGAAGCUACAGCGCGAAGCGGCAGCCCAUGCCCUCCCCAUCAGAGGGCUCGCUGUCUUCCGGAGGCAUGGACCAAGGAAGUGAUGCCCCAGCGAGGGACUUUGAUGGAGAGGACUCUGAUUCUCCCAGGCAUUCCACAGCUUCCAACAGUUCCAACCUGAGCAGCCCACCCAGCCCCGUGUCGCCCCGGAAGACCAAGAGCUUGUCUCUGGAGAGCACUGACCGCGGGGGCUGGGAGCCCUGAGCCGCGGGGCGCAGACCGCAGACGGCAGUCCCACCCGCCUCCUCUCCCUUUCUUCUCCUCUCCACCUCUGCCUGGACACGCCCCAGGCUGGCCGCAGUGGCAGGGUGGGGAUGGAGGAAUCCUGACCACAGGACUCGCAGAUCCACGCCCCCCUCGACUCAACAGCAGCCCUAAAGGCAGCCUUUCAUCGAGCAGCUUAGAUUGAUGUUGAUCUCAUUUCAUACACUUAGAGUUGCUUUCCAUGAUAUUUUACCCCUCCCCCAAAGGUAGCUUCAGUAGACAGAUUACACAAAUGUAAGCGAUAGGAAUAAGAUUAGACAGCGUCGUUCUCACAGUAGUCUCGUUAGCCCCGAGGUGGCACAGGGGUCUUGGGCCAGCCUGCAGCGGCCGCCCUGCACGCUCAGCACCCACGCCCGUGUUGACUGAUCAGUGCCAGGAAAUCCUUAUUAGUGAAAACAAUGCAUAUUUUACUACAAUACAGAGUUUAAAUAAAUACACAAAUGUAGAGGUUAAAUACUGAAUGUACAUAGUAAAAAGAAGCAUCUUGUAUUCAACGAAAGAUGGAUGCAUAUAUAAGAGAGAGAUCAUUUAAUUUAAAGAAAUGUGUUGUUCCUUGUCUGCUUUCCAGCUGAGUAAUCUAAAAGUAAUCUAAAAGGCAGAAAGGCCUCCAGCUGAAGGGGGUCGAGGGAGAGCUCAGAGCCCUUAGUGCCCUGUCUCGAGUCCCUGUCACCUGGAGCUUUAGGAGGCGUCCCGGGACUGUGGCGUCACUGGUUUGGAGUAGACCCAGCACCAGACUUCGGACAUUUGAAUCCUCUUCAGCAGCAGCAUCGAAAGGCAGAUUUACUUCCAUCCAAGACGUUUCUUUUUCUAGUAGUUGAAUUUCAACCACAUUUCUCAUUUUUUGUUAUUUUUUGGUAUCUUCCAUGGAUGAAUAUAGAAAUGCAAUUUUGUCACCUUCUGAUCCCUUCCCUCUGAAAGAACACAAGGAACGUCUUGGCUUCUGAAAGGCCAUACAAAGGGUCAUGCUUUUCUCCUGGGCUGGUCCCCCCGCCCCCCGCCCCUAGCUGCAGGGAGGUGUCUGUCCCCCAGCCCAGCCGGCUUCUCACAGAGGGGUCUUGUGAGGGUGGCUUCAGCUUCCUCCAAGAAGCCUGGGAAGAAGGGUUUAGUUACCAAAUAAUAGAAGAGCUCAAAUGCAAGGACUUGAACAGCCUUGAUCAAGUAUUCCUCCCCAAACCCGGAGAAAAUUGGACGUGUUCAGCCCCAGUGCGCAGGCGCAGGCAGGAAGUGGCCCGGUGUAAGCUCGUCCUCUCCCAGUGGCUGCACCGUGUUGUGAGGUGCAUUUCCACUUGAAUCCCUGCUGUGUUAAUUACCACAAGGAAAUGAGAUGCAGAACCCAAAGAACCUUAUUUCUCCAGUCAUUUCUCCAGUUAAGCACAUGAGCAGAGAGAGAGGUAGAAAUAAAAAUAUCUCGUGGAAGUAAAGAGAGCCUCUCUUUUACUUUUUAUCUAAAUUUCUCUGAGAAAUAGAAACAGGAUUUUCUGCUGUCUUCUUUCAAACUCAGCUAAAAUGGAAGAGUUUUCCUGCAGCUCCUAAUCGGAAUGGCAGGGGCCGGGCCACCAUCUCGCCCGACUUCAUGCCUUCGCCUCGGAGCGGCUGUGCCAGCCCGUGCGCGGGGCACGGAGACUGUUAGUAGGCUGCUGCUCUGUGGAGAAGGCUCCUGAGGUCCGGGAGGAGAGAAGGGAUCCCAUGUGGGGAUUAUGUUGCCCAAGGUGACGCAGAGGUGGUGAGAUGGUGACCACGCUGACGUCCGAGCAGCCUGGGCUCGGUGCGCACUCGGUCUGUGCUUUACUUUGGAUGGCGUCAUUCACCGCACAGUUCCAUCUCCUCGUUCUUUUUGCUUUUGGAAAAGAAAUGUCACGUAACAGUACUUGUGUACGUCCAGAUACCAAGGGCCAGCCCUUGAGUUUGGUUAUUGCCAUGUGACUCUGGCAGCUCCUUGAACUUGGCCCUCCGGGGAGAGGAGGGAACCGGCCAGGGCUGAGCGCCUGUGGCCAGCUGCCCCCUCUCCUCCUGACCCUGCCUCCCCACCUCCCCCACCCUCCCCAGGCCACAUUCACAGGACGGCAGUUUAUAGCUUUGACAACUAAGUGUGAAUUUUUGUUGCCUGUAGGUGCUUAUUUUUUUUAAAGGAUGCUUUUAGGAUCAAAAUGUAACCCUACCUGAAGUCUGGACUCCACUGCAAUGAGUCACACCCUUCAGCCUCCCAACAGGGCACUUGAGGGGGCUCCUGAGGGCUCGUCCUGCCCGCUCCCUGGGCGGCGUGUUCAUGUGAGCCCAGUGGACAGCCCCGCGGCACUUUGCGGUUUUUCCACAGCAAUCUUAAGUGAUCUUGUCAGUCAUAGAGCAGCCCCAAAUGUGGUUAGAUUCUAACAGCAGGACUGUGGGGGAGACCCACUGCCGGGAGGGAAUAGUUUAGGGGGACUGUCUCAGGACAAUAAUCGUCCCCCCGGGCUUGUCUGCACUCUGAAAUAGAAUCCCUUCCGAAGCUUCCGAGAAGAAGGGUUUGAAAAGAUGGGGAAUGGGUUUCAGGGCAACAGAAAACAUAGUGAUCAUUCAGGGAUCAGCAACAAAGGCCUCGGAAAAGGUUCUAUUGCUGUCUCAAGUCACCCUUUGUUUCCGGGCAGGACAUCUGAGAAAUGUAGAUGGCAGCAAGAACUCAUUUCUCUUCUCAGGAGAAAGGAAAAAUUACCGGAGAAGCAUUUCUGGCACAGCCCGUAGGUAUUGGUACUUGGUGCUAUCUGUGUCCAGCCAGUUUGCUGUCUACCCCUGAACUCUAAUUUAAUCUUGUCAUGUGCUUUGGGUGUAUGAAAUUAUAUAUAUACAGAUAUAUAUUUCUUUUUGCCAAAAACAACAGCCUUGCUGCUUGUCAGACGGUUACUAAAGCAUAUUUCACUUCGAGUCGUGUGUUUACACGCACGCGCACACACACCCCCACACUCAGUGAUUUACGCUGUUUCCCGGGGAGCAGUUUUAGGCCACGAGAUAAAGUUACAAAGGGCCCAUCUGGGUAGUUUUCCGAGCAGUUCUUGUACCCAAGCUUCAGGGAAGAAUCUGAAAUUCCUGUUAUGUUUACAGCAACCACCUGUCAUUCCCCGGCUGGCUCUCGGCCUCUCUGCCUUCCUUACGGUUAGAAUCGUGUCAUUUUGUUGCUUAGUGGCCACGUCUGCUUCUGUGAAAGACCAGUUGCAUUUCUGUGGACUCUCAGGUAUUACAGAAAAGCCAGAGCAGGGGUGGGCGGACGUCCCUCAGCCCUGGGGACAGCAGGGCCCUUCGCUGGCCUCUGGCAGCCUGUGGUCUCUGGCUGAGCGGGGUCUUGUAGAGCCACCGUCCACUUCCUGGACAGGGGGCCACUCAGCAGUCAGACUGGGCCACCGCCCGACUCCACUGGGCACAACUGGGGCGUAACUGGGCACCUCCCCUCCUCUCCCCCGGCCCAGCCCCUGAUUAGCUAGGCCGCAGCCAUUUCAUUGAGCCCAUCUUAGGACCUCUCUCCUGUUAGGACUGUCCUGAUCACUCAAGCCCAGAGUUCUCUGUGGAGCCUGCUCGAUCCCAGGGCCCUGGGCCAGCACUGGCCGGCAGGCCGGCGCUUCCUUCCCGGGCCCGUCACACACAGAGAGCACUUCACUUAUGGGGGAGUUGGAUGGGAACAAAUCCACCCUGAAAUUUCACGGAAACAAGAUGACCUGCCUUUUUAUUUGAUGGUGUAAUAUCCUUUAUUUUAUAAAUUUUUUAGAGUUUUUUCUCAUUGUAAUAUUAUUGUACAGUUUUGCAUGGCCUAGGUGUAAUCAUUUUUUGGUUUAGAAUAUAAUGCUGACAACUGUGUGUGUGGAAGGGGGGAAGAUGUUGCUUUGGCCUCCUGUCACUCUGACUUCAUUUCGUUUGGUUUCAUGCCCUCGAUCUCUUGGAGAACUUUAUCAGAGAUUCUCUGCUACCAAUGGUGUGGAUUCUUUUGCACAGAAAUAUUUAAGGUGGGCUAGUCAAAAAUGUAACAAAAGACUCCUCGCCAAUAUUUUAUGUUGGUAUCACUUAAUAUUAACCAGACUUUGAUGUAUUGCAAUAAAACAGGGAACUGUUA